AUGCCGACGCCAAAGUCGCCUUCACACGCAUCUUCGACUCCUCGUCCCGUACUCGCCCAUGUGCCCGCGAACCCGUCCGGUUUGCGCGUAUCGCAUACCCUCUCGUCGCCCGAGAACCCUUCGAUGAUUUUGGGCGCUGCAGACAGGACUCGAUCACCAGAGGCCAUUCCUGACGCAUAUAUCGCGCCCAAUGGCGAGCACUCAGAACCCACCGCUCGCACACGUCUUUUAGAACAGCAGAACUGGGAUCAAAGGCCCAAGUUCUUGCAACACUACGGCAGCACCUUCAGCACCGACUCGUACGACCAAAGAGAAGGCUUCGAGAGUGGCACCGUUACUCCUCACAGCCUACUCGAUGAAAAUGUCACCGAUGGUCUCCUCGCUUCUGCUUCUGGUAGUAAUAUGAGCACAACUCGAUGGCUGGCCAAGCAGCAUGGUGUCAAGAAUGAGCGGACCAUGUAUCUCCAAUACUAUCUUCCUGUGACCAAUUGGAUCCGCCAGUAUCAAUGGAAGUUCCUGCGUGGUGAUUUGAUUGCUGCCUUGACUAUGGCUUCUUUUUACAUCCCUAUGUCUUUGUCCUACGCCUCGAAUUUGGCUCAUCUACCACCUAUCAACGGUCUCUAUGCUUUCGUCUUCAAUCCCUUCAUAUAUGCCAUAUUCGGUACCGUACCGCAAUUGGUUGUUGGCCCCGAGGCUGCUGGUUCUCUUCUUACUGGUCAAGUUGUGCGUGAGAACAUCAGUUCUGGGAAGCACAGAGAUAACGACUUUGCAAGCAACACUCAAAUCGCUGGCAUGGUCACUGGAAUUUCUGGAGCCAUCAUUUUGCUUGCUGGUCUAUGCAGACUCGGCUUCCUCGACAGUGUUCUGAGCCGACCUUUUCUUCGAGGCUUCAUUAGUGCCAUUGGUGUUGUCAUUUUUGUUGACCAGCUCUUACCUGAGACCGGCAUGACUGCGCUUCUCGAACACGAUCCUAGCGGUGCUGCACACGGCAGUUCUCUGACAAAAAUUGUCUACCUUAUCAGGAAUGCCAACAAGGCACACAAAUUGACGUGCGCUGUAUCGUUUGGUGCCUUUGCGAUCGUCAUGGUCUUCAGGCAAUUGAAGAGAAGCUUGCAACCCCGAUAUCCCUCAGUGGCCUACUUUCCAGACCGUUUCUUGGUCGUAGUGUUCUCUGCCCUAUUCACCUGGAAGUUUUCAUGGGACAAACAAGGUCUCGAUAUCUUGGGUGACCUGAAGACUACAGGCAAGCCUUUCCAGGUACACUUUCCGUUCCAGCCAUCAAUGAUGGAGCAUGUCACCGAUGCAUUCUCCACAUCAUUCUUGAUUGCUCUGCUGGGCUUCUUCGAAAGCAGUGUCGCAGCCAAAAGUCUUGCGAAUAAUACGACCAAGGUUGAGAAGAAGGUCGACAAGGAUGGCAACGAGUACGAGGAGGCAGAUGGCAUUGUCAACAUGAACGUCUCUGCUAACCGCGAGUUGGUCGCAUUGGGUGUCGCAAAUAUCUUUGGAGGCUUGUUUAUGGGCAUUCCUGCCUUUGGUGGUUAUGGAAGAAGUUUGGUGAAUAAGAGCACUGGCGGCAAGACGCCGAUGAGCAGUGUCUUCUUAUCCCUGAUCACCGUGUUCUGCAUUCUGUUCCUACUGCCAUACUUUUACUACAUUCCCGUAAGUCCUAUUGCCGAACUCGAAUUAACGAGACAGCUCAAACUGACACAUGUAAACAGNAAAGGAGUACUCGCCGCCAUGAUCUCGGUGGUAGCUUACUCACUGAUCGAAGAAGCACCCCAUGACAUCCACUUCUUCUGGUCAAUCAAGGGCUGGAACGAGAUCUUGCUCAUGCUCCUGAUUUUCCUGACAACCUUUUUCUGGAACCUGCGCAUUGGCAUCGCCGUCGGUAUCGGCCUUUCCCUCCUACGUCUUCUCAAACACGCCACUCGUCCCCGAAUUCAGAUCCUUGGUCGUGUCCCCGGCUCCCGCAACCAUUUCGACAGCGCUGAACACGGUGGUCUAGAAUUCAUCCCUCACGUUCUUAUCGUCAAGAUCCCUGAACCUUUAACUUUUGCCAACACAGGAAGUCUCAAAGAUCGAUUGAGGAGACUAGAGGCUCACGGCACUGGUGCUGCUCAUCCUGCUCUACCGCGCGUGCGAAGCCAACAGCAAAAUCGCAAUGUGGUAUUCGAUGUUCAUGGCGUGACUUCCCUAGACCCGGCCGCUGCUCAAGUGCUCCUCGAGAUUGUGAGUGGGUACCGCGAACGUGGGACAAGGGUCUUCUUCUGCAGAGUACCCAGUCGCAGGUCUCAGGUGUGGAGGCUUAUGCUUGCGAGUGGCAUUGUCGAGGUUUGUGGUGGUGAAUCACAUUUCCUGAGGGGAGUUGAGCAGGCGCUUGAGAUGGCCGAUCAUGAGGAGAGAGCCGAUAGCUUGAGAGAAGAUGGUGGGAGUGUCGAAGAGGGCAGAGCAGCAACCACCUGA